AUGUCAGUCGAAGCAAAAACAUUCACGAACAAAUCUAAUGGUGAAACAUUCACAAAAGGCACUUAUAACGGUAUUGAAGUCUUACGUAGAGACAAGGAUGGUUACAUUAAUGCAACAAAGAUGUGUCAGCAGUUUAGGAAAGACUUUAGAAAGUUGUUGGAAAAUAAGUCCUGGGAAGAGUAUUAUAAGGCAUUUUGUGAAGAAUAUAGCAACCGCCGGAAUUCCGACAGUUGCUUUUUAUACAAAAUUCAUGCAGGAAUUCCUGAUGAAAUCAAACAGGUUAGAGGAACGUAUGUAGACCCAAGACUUAUAAACUAUAUAGCAAUGUGGGCUUCUCCAAAAUAUUGCAUAGCAGUUGGAAAAAUUAUGGACUCCAUAGACAAGAAAGUUCAUGAGAAAUUAGAUGAAGAAGACUCGAAAGAUACAGUAGAGAAUGCUAAACAUUUGUUUGAAGAAGAAGUUGGAAAAAUGCGCGAAAAACAA